UGCUCCAUUUAUCUCUGGGAGGAAGCAACAGCGAUGAACUUUGUGAUGGGGAGCUCUUCCUUUCUUCAAUCGCCACUAUAUCAAUCUCUCACGCCCUCUUCUUAUUCUCCAUCUUCCUUCUUCUGUUCUAACAUAAAAAAUGCAGACCCCAAUAAGAAGAAUAAGAGUAAAAGCACAGUUGCCGCAGCUUCUCUGCGGCCGGAAAAUUCUAAUGAGGCCAAAUUCUGCAGGAGGAGAGCAGUUUUUCGUGCUGCUAUAUCUUCUUUUUCAUUCCUUCAGUCUAGGGCGAGAGCUGUUGAUGCUUUGAUGACAGAUGAGAAAAGCAUAAGAAUGCCUGGGGGUGAAGGUCCUCAAACACCAAAAAAUCUUCAAAAGCAACUACAUCAGGGAGAAGCACAACCAAAUCCAUUUGUGGCACUUUUGAAUGCGAUUGGCAUUAUUGGUUCAGGUGUGCUUGGUGCAUUAUAUGCAUCGUCACAGAAGGAGAAGGAAACUGCUGCAGCAACAAUUGAAUCUAUAAAUGCCAGACUGAGUAGAAAAGAAGCAGCCAUGGAAUCGCUGCAGAACAGCACUGAAAGAAUGCUACUGAAUGAACAAGAAGAACGAGCCAAACAAAUUAAAAAGGCAAAGGAAGAACAGCAGUCAUUGUUAGAUGAACUAGCUUCAACAAACAGUACAUUAACAAGCUUACAGAAAGAGCUACAAAGUGAGAAAAGUUUAGUCAAGGAGCAUAAAGACCUGAUGGAUAGACUUCUAACUGAUCUCAGGAAGGCUGCUGAGGACAAAAAGUUGCUUGAAGCCAACCUGAAGGAGAAGUUGUAUUCUAUUGAAAUCUUGCAGGAAAGAAUAAACUUGCUAUGUGUGGAGAUGAAGAAGAAUGAAGAUACUAUUAGAAAUCUCAGUUCCUCACUUGUAGAGAAGGAAAUGGAAUGUAAGAACUUGGAUUCUAUCUGGAAGCAAGCCAAGGCUGACUUAGCAGAAGCAAAUUUAGAAAUGAAAGCUGUGAAAGGCCAACUAUUUAUGACUCAAAGAGAACUAGAUUUAAAGAACUCUGCAAUGGAUGAUCUGGAUGCCAGAAUAAGUUCCUUAAUUGCUGAAAGAUAUGACAUGAACAGAAACGUUGAUGCUCUUCAGAAAGACUAUAACGAUCUUAAGUUGUCUUCGGAAAAGAAAGCUGCCUCAGAUGCUGAACUCUUAGUGAAAAGGGAGCAAGAACUUCAUCAGCAUAAAGAGAAGCUUGAGCUUGCUUUUAAUGAGGCAGCCAGCUUCCAGGCUGCAAUCGCCAAUUUAACCCAAAAAAGGGAUGCAUUGAAGAAAUUGCUGGAGAUAGAAGUGAGCAAUGUACAAAACCUGACACAUGAGCUCCAAAUCACACAGGAAACUCUUGGUGUGUCAAGGGUUGAGGUCUCUGAUCUGUCAAAAGAAUUGAAACAGUCUAGAAACUUAUGUGAAGAGCUCUCAUCUGAAGUUUCUAAGGUUAGGGCAGAAUUCACCAAAUCUCAGGAAUCAUUAAAGGAAAGUUUGGAUGAGGCGAGGUCUACUGCAGAAGUAUUUUCAGGUGAGCUUGCAUCAGUGAAGGCACUUCUGGAGGAAACUGAAGAAGAGCUCCAAAGCAUGUCCAGUGAACUGGCUGCUGUAACAGUAACUCGUGAUAACUUAAAGAAGGAACUGGUUGAUGUCUAUAAAAAAGCAGAAAGUGCAGCUCAUGAUUUAAAAGAAGAGAAGCAGAAAGUUGCUUCUUUGAAGAAGGAACUAGAGGCGUCAGGAAAGCAAAUCUUAAAAGACAAGGAAGCAAGAAAGGCUCUGGAAAUGGACCUGGAAGAGGCCACCAAGUCACUCAAUGAGAUGAAUAGAAAUGCUUUAUUGCUUUCGAGAGAUCUAGAAAUGACUAACUCUAGAAUUGCUAACCUUGGAGAUGAAAAUGAUAUACUUUACAAGUCCCUUGUUGAGCAAAAAUCUGUAUCGCAAGAAGCUCGAGAAAAUGUGCAAGAUGCCCACAACCUUGUGAUGAAGCUAGGAAAGGAAAGGGAGAGUUUUGAGAAGAGAGCAAAGAAGCUGGAGGAGGAACUGGCUUCUGCAAAGGGUGAGAUUUUACGGUUGAGGAGUCAGCUAAACUCAAGAACUCUUGUAAAUGAUCAACAUCAGGAAAAGAUCACAGGUCAUGAUGCUCCUGUUGCUGUGAAGAGAAUUACUAGGAGGAAAAAGGGUGGGGCCCACUCUGAUGCUUCUUAAUAAAUGGAUAGGCUCUCUGUGUAUUUUGCUGUUUGUAUCAUGUUUAUCAUAUUCUUUUUGUAGAGUCCUUUUAUACAAUCAGGCUUCUUGAUUUAACAAAAUGUUAUGCA